AUGUUCAUGAUUUUCUUUUCCAACAGGGACUCUGGAUCAGCACAGGUUCCGGUCACUGUCCCUGACACCAUCACCACAUGGGAGACGGAGGCUUUCUGCCUGUCCCCCCAAGGUCUGGGACUUGCUCCUCCUGCUGAGCUCACUGUCUUCCAGCCCUUCUUCCUGGAGCUCUCACUGCCCUACUCCAUCAUCAGGGGAGAGAUCUUUGAGCUCAAGGCCACUGUGUUCAACUACCUCCCCAAAUGCAUUAUGGUUAAAGUGACUCCAGCCCCCUCCACACACUACACUCUGAAAGCCUCCUCUGAUGGCCAGUAUUCAUCCUGUUUGUGUGCAAGUGGUAGGAAGACCUUCAAGUGGACUCUGACUCCAUCUGUGCUUGGAGUCAUGAAUGUGACAAUCAGUCCAGAGGCUAAACAGUCCCAGACUGUGUGUGACAAUGAGAUUGUGAGCGUGCCAGAGAGAGGCCGUAUUGAUACAGUUACACGAAGCCUGAUUGUACAGGUAAAGAUCACAUCUGUUUGCUCACAUUGA